UCUGUUAAAUGCAAAAUUUGUGAUGGAAGUCGAAUUCCCGAAAAAUCCCGGAAUUAGAAUUUUUUGUAUCCCGAAAUCCCGGAAUUGUCAAAUUGCUUCGGGAUUGAAUGCCCUAUUGGGCACUAUUCUGCAUACAUCAGUGAUGUAUAAUAUUUGUAUCACUAAAUGAGUACCAAAAAUAUUGAUCGAAUAAAUUACGUUCGAAUUCUGGUUGGUUUUUGGUUGGCUCCAAAAAGGCGGUCUUAUACGCUUCAUUAACGUACAUUCAUAGUACAUAUGUAUGUACAUAUAUCCCAAGCUUGUGGUCUGCUGUUGUAGCAGCAUACAAAUUCCCCAAAAGUUUUUGGGGAGUGUUGCUGGAGUAACAGUCCUUGGCCAGAUAUAAACCUGGGUCGUUCCGGUUACGUAGACCCGACUGUCGUAGGAACGAUCUUAUCUAGCUCAGGAAUUUCGGUUCAAGAGGCGAGUUUAGUUUUUUGCUUUUUUGUAAACUACAUAACAAAAUAAACCGCUUUUGCUGUAUGUAAGUCAUGCCCAUCAAUAGCGGCAUUUCUACAGUGAACAUUGAAAAACUAUCAAAGCAUUCAUCUGGAACCAGUAACUUCGCCUUUACAAUGGCAGCGAAUAGAAGUGGCAAUACGUCCAGCGAGGCGCAAUCGUCAAGUAAUUCGAAUAAAAACAUCGAAAAUUCGUUGAUUAAGCAUCAGGGCCAAAAAUGGCAGCAAUUCUUUGAUUUUGAUAAAAUGUUGAGGCAAAUCCGCGUCGCUGAAAAGCAACAUCAUCGUCAUAAGGGUGAAGGUUCUUCAAGUAACAAUGGAAAGAAUUCUCCAUCCAGUUCAUCUGCUACAUCGUCAAAGUCCAACGCAUCCACAUCCAAGGGAAGCCGAUCUCUACGCCAAGUGCAACGAUUAAGUGGUAACGAUAUGCACUAUUACGGCAUCGUGCCCAAGAAGACAUCAGCGGAUGUUAUCGUUUGCAGCAUUUGCCGUGGCAUUUACACUAUGGUCGGCUUUAACAAUCAUAUGAUGAUGCAACAUCCAUCUGCAUGGGGUGCAGCUUCUACAAAAUUAAGCCAUGCAUCAACGGCGAAUGAAAUGUACAAUUUGAUAUCAAACGAUAAUAGUCAAGAUUGCGGUCGUGAGGGAUCAGGUUCCACAGCACCUAACGAGAUUUUGGGUUCACCCUCUGAUUUGUCUGGUAUUAUGUCGACAUCAUCCAACGCAUCGUCAUCAUCAUCUUCCGUGUCGACAACUUCUUCAACUUAUGCAGCUACACCGCGUCAUAAAAGUAGCAAAAGUAAUAGUGCAACGGCAGGGAGUAGCUCCGGCGGCAGCAGUAGCACCAGUGGCAGUCGGUCGCGGAGUAAACAAUCACGCCACAAUAGUAGUAACGCCCAUGCAGCUUCGGUCGGGAUUCAUACGUCCAGCACCCCCAGUUCGGAAAAUACUCAAGCGCCGAGCAAAAGUUCCAAGAAAGGGGCUAGUAGCUCAAGCUCUAAUGCGAACAAAAGCGACAAUGCGAGCAAUGCGCAGACAUUAGUUACAUCUGCAUCAACAAGUUCUAGUGCAGGGGGAAAUAGUAGUAAACAUAGCAAGGACACGAUAACAGAUACGGUGGCUACAACUCAAAUCGCACUUUACUCGUCAUCAUCGAAUUCGUCGUGCUCUUUGCCACCGACUCCAAAACUGAGCACCAAUAUAUCUGAGGUUAAAAGUCCCGCUUUCGUUGCCCAAGAGUCCGCCGAUUCAUUUGUAUCCAGUUCCAGCGGCGAAUACGAACGCGCAAACUCAACUGGCAAAGCACUUUCCUCAAAAUCACCACAUACAACAAAUACAACAAAAACUAAGGCUAAUACAAGCGCUGCUUCUAGUUCUAUUCCUAUUGCGAGAGAAUCAAGCAAGGUUUCUGCUGUUAAAGACAUAACAAACUUUGACUCAACUCAAUUGAGUGAGCUCGAUCAGGCCGUUUCCUCAAUUACUGAAUGCACUUCAAUAGAAGGAGCAGCCGAUAAAAAAAUUGGCAGCUCUUUAAAACAUGUCAUGGACCCUACAACUAAUGUAACAGCUACAAAUAACAUUUUUCAAAUGCCAAGCUCUAAUCCCGUUACUGAAAACAACAACGAUAAACUACAUCAAAUAAUCGCUACUGCUACAGCUAAUAACAUGAGUGUGGGCCAAUCAGCAAUGCAACCAAACUAUGUGGUACCGCAAGAAAUUGUACAAGCCUGCGAAGAUGCUCUUCCGCAUAAUACUUCCGAUGAUAAUUCCAUACUGACUUUUGACGACGUUUUCGAUAGUAAAUUUAUCAAUGAAAUUCUCAGUACGGCUGACACGGAAAUACAUUUUGACGAAAACGAAUUGGAUACGGCAGCUGUAUCACAGCAGCAGGAACAACAUCAGGUAUAUCAGCACCAACAGGUGCCGUCAGGGGCUAAGCGCAUGCGCUAUGAUGAGACAAUAUUAGCAAGCGGGCCACAGCAGCAGCAGCUACAGACUCAACAGCAAGGCCAAGACGUUGAAAUAACCGGUGAAUUUGUCGCCUAUCAACAGCAACAACAACAACAGCAGUAUGUGCCCUACAAUGUUGCUACUCUAGAGGAUUUGAAGAUGUUCAAUGGAUCCGGUCCAUUGGUAGAGCAACAUCAGCAGAUACCAACGCACUUACAGCAUGCAACAGAACAGCAGCAGCAACAACAACAACAACUCACCGCCAUCGACGCAAUGCAAUUACAACAGCUUCUCUACCAACAACAAACAUUGAAUACACACUACGAUAACAACAUGGUGGAUGAUCAUACAGAUGCAAACCAAUUGGCUAUGCAGCAACAACAAUACGACCAUAAUGAUAUUGUUAGCGCCAAGCAAUUGAUGGAUAUGUGUGCCACGGUUGAUAUGAAAUCGAACAAGUUAAGCGAUUUUUCUACCAUUUCGUCAACCGCUGGUGCGUAUGUGAAUGCCUAUGAUAAUAUGGCAGCACACUUUCAACUAUACAAUGUUCCCUCACUCACAGAUGAUAAUUUGGAAACAGCAGAACAUGUGUCCACUGGUGAUGAGAAUGGCAUUCUAAUGCCCACCAUUGUUAGUGGUAUGCAACGGGCUUCACAACAAUAUGUGCUUCCGGGCAGCGCUGGCGAAGAUCAUUUGAUUUAUGAAAUAACUGAUAACAAUCAGGUGGCUGUUAUAAGCCAGCAACGACAGCAGCAAAUGCUUACAGAUUUUCUAACGCACACCAAUUAUGAUCAGGUUGCAACGGAAAUGAAUACUGAUGCACCCAGUACAGUUUCGCAACAGGUUCUGCAACCAACCAAUAACGGCAUGUCAAUUAAAGAAGCCGGCUAUGAAAAUGAUGACGAUUUACUAGAAUUUGACUACUCUCUUUUAGAGACGGUUAAAUCGAUCAGCAGCAGUAGUAGUAGCGGAACAAAUAAUGGCGGCAACUCAAAGUCCAUAAAGACCGAGUUGAACACCAGCGGCAGCAGCGCUAGUAAGUAUUAUGAGGAUAUGUACUUGAAUGCCUACCUCUACACAGGUAUACCUAAGCCCAUUGCAAUCAACUGCUUUGGUCUUAUCAAGCUGCCUUUUGCUGCGGCAACAACAUUCAGGAAACACAUUUUGAACGCCCGCAAAGCCAACAACAGCCCAAUUACACUGAGUGGCGGUGGCAUCAAUGGCAUGGUGUGCACGAAUUCAUCGACCGCUGUCCGCUUAUCUAGCAAUACCAAGUCGAUGCAAAACUACUUCGGCAACUCAUCGACUAAUUCUUUAGGCGGGAAUGAGUUUUCAAUUGGCAGUAUUACUAUAACGAACUCGUCUCUUUCGCAAAGUCAACUAUAUGCAGCACAGCAGAAGCAACAUAUUGCGGGUAAUACCAGCAACGGCGGCAUAGAGAUCACCUUCAACGCAAGUUCUAAUGGCUGUAGCUCGGCUGUGUCUCCCGUGUCGUCCAUGCAACGUUCCCGCUCAAAAUCGGGCAACUCAUCGACCAGUGGCGGCAGUAGUACCGCAAGUGUGGGCGCCACGCUUGUGCGCAGCAAAUCACAAACCGGUGCACCUGUUGCUGUGGUUACGCCCACGAGCCGUUUGCCACCACCACCUCGGCCUAGCACCGCUGGCCCUGUGCUUGCGCAAACCAGCAAAACCAUAUUUGUUAACAACACAGCUAUGAAUGGCAAUGAUCGUGUCAAAUUAAUAAAGCGCUGUAUGCCGCUUGCCAGUAGCAGCAACAACAACCAUAGCCGAAAUGACGGUAGCAAACGGCAGAAGUUUUCACCACGUCAAAUUGCCGAUUUCCUAGGGGGCGUCAGUCACAACAAAAGUGGUGGUAGCAGCCACAAAUCAGUGUCGGCACAACAGUCUGCUGACUCUGUUGGAACCAUUGGCGGCAACAACAACCAUGAUGCUGUUGCAAAUAACAACUCGGGCACCAGCAACGCCACCAACACCACCACAACGGCCAGCAACGCCAAUUCUGACGAACAGUUGAAAUUGGAACGUGUUGCCCGAUUCUAUGAGCGCCGUCGAAAGUUGUAUGAUUUGGCGCGCAAUACUCGUCAACAGCAGCAGCAGCAACAACAACAGCGCGCACAACCGUCACAGGUGCAACAAAACCUGCUGAAGCAACAACAGCAAUUAUUCAAAAUGCUCAGCGAUUAUGGACAAUUGAAUGCCAACUGCAAGAGCGCUAAUGUAAAUCCAAAUAACAACAACAGCAGCAGUGAAAUUUUGCGCAUUUCUGUAUGAAGCAUAGUCGCUAAAACCGAGAGGGAAUGUGGGAAAUCAAUACAGUCUCGUUACGAGUUUAGCAAACUGUUAUUGUAGAUUGUGGGAAUAUGUUUAAAAUUUUAGUUGUACUUUUAAUAUAAUUUAGGUAUAUUAAAGUAUACUACGUAGAAACUUGUCUGUGGCGUUCGUGAAAUAUGUAUUAAAGAGAGUUUGGAAAAAUAAGCUCUUUGAUAUGCGAUCCACCGCUUGCAUAACGAUUGAAUAGAUACAAAAAAUUUUAAUUUUAGAAUGAGAUAAAUGAGAAAGUUCAAACGCCACAGCAUUAAAUUAACAUAAAUAAUUUUGUGGUGUUCAAGAUUUCUAAUUAGGUUUUACUUAAAUUUAAGUAUUUUU